ACUACACGUGCCUCCAUGCUCUCAUUUGACACACUUGCCAUCAUCCCUCUCCCCCAACAUUUGUUUCUUUAUGCGACCUCACAAAACACAGGUGUGGAAAUCAGCAAGCAUGCGCAGCGCAGUCUGCCUUUUUUUACGCUUUUUUCUCCGCAUAUUCCCAGACAUGUUUUUAUUUUGCAGCACUGUACUGGGAUUUAGCACCCCCCCUCCCCACCGACCAAUCACCAAAUCCCAAAAAAAAACUGGAAUUAACUAUUUUGGGGGUAAAAAGGGGGGAGUUCAGUGUACCUGGCUGUGUCAGAUGCGCUUGUAGUAGCCAAAAAAAGAAGGGACGGGUUCAACAAGAGAAAAAAUGAUUUUUGCGUGUGUCCAAUUAAGCCUUGCACAUAUUUCAAAAGGA